ACCACCCAUAACAGCACAUCAUUCCGGGGGGCCCGCAACAGGAUAAAAGAAGGCGCAUCCCACUCUCAGUGCUCAGUGGAUGUUCCAUCCUCACGGAAAGCGGUUGAGCGGCAUCUCGAAUCGGAAAACGGAAAGAAAUCAAAUCUACAGAAUCUAAACAGUAAGGCCCAGAGCACUUGCCGCGUAGUGAAAAUGUGUUAAUUACCAAAUAGCCAGAAGCAGAGUCCUGAAAACCACGAGCUACGAUACAACGAAUCAUCGAAACCUGAAACUGCCAACGGAAGCAAUCGGAAAAUGUGGUCCAGGCGACUUUUGGUCCUGCCGCUGCUGGUCUUGCAAUUAAUUUGCAACUGCCAGGUGGUCCAAGCCCUGCCCGAUAUUAUUAAGAUAGGUGGCCUCUUCCAUCCCUCCGAUGACCACCAGGAGCUGGCCUUCCGCCAGGCGGUGGACCGCAUAAACGCCGACCGUUCCAUCCUGCCCCGUUCCAAGCUGGUGGCCCAAAUCGAGCGCAUCUCGCCAUUCGACAGUUUUCACGCCGGCAAAAGGGUUUGUGGCCUAUUGAACAUUGGGGUAGCCGCUAUUUUUGGGCCCCAAUCUUCGCACACCGCCAGUCAUGUGCAGAGCAUCUGCGACAACAUGGAGAUUCCCCACUUGGAGAAUCGCUGGGACUUUCGCCUGAGACGCGAGAGUUGCUUAGUGAAUCUUUAUCCCCACCCUAAUACGCUUUCCAAGGCUUACGUUGAUAUCGUCCGACAUUGGGGCUGGAAAACGUUCACCAUAAUCUACGAGAACAAUGACGGCAUCGUGCGGCUGCAGGAGCUCCUCAAGGCACACGGGAUGACCCCCUUUCCCAUAACAGUGCGCCAGCUAAGCGACAGUGGGGAUUACAGACCGCUUCUGAAGCAAAUCAAGAACUCGGCGGAAGCGCACAUUGUGCUGGACUGCUCCACGGAAAGGAUCCACGAGGUCCUGAAGCAGGCCCAGCAGAUCGGCAUGAUGAGCGACUACCACAGCUACCUGGUUACCUCGUUGGAUCUUCACACAGUUAACCUGGACGAGUUCCGCUACGGUGGCACCAAUAUCACCGGCUUCCGUCUCAUAAACGACAAGAUCGUCUCGGACGUAGUGCGUCAGUGGAGCAUCGACGAAAAGGGAAUGCUGCGCUCCGCCAACCUGACCACCGUGCGCUCUGAGACAGCUCUCAUGUACGAUGCAGUGCACCUGUUCGCAAAGGCACUGCACGACCUGGACACCUCGCAGCAGAUCGACAUCCAUCCGAUUAGUUGCGAUGGGCAGAGCACCUGGCAGCACGGAUUCAGCUUGAUCAACUACAUGAAGAUCGUGGAGAUGAAGGGCUUGACGAACGUCAUCAAGUUCGACCAUCAGGGCUUCCGGACGGACUUUAUGUUGGAUAUCGUUGAACUGACUCCAGCUGGUAUCCGGAAAAUCGGUACCUGGAACUCCACUCUGCCCGAUGGUAUUAACUUUACGCGAACCUUUAGCCAAAAGCAGCAGGAAAUCGAGGCGAAUCUGAAGAACAAGACCCUGGUUGUUACAACCAUUCUGAGUAAUCCCUAUUGCAUGCGAAAGGAGUCCGCUGUGCCACUAAGUGGAAACGAUCAGUUCGAAGGAUAUGCCGUGGACCUGAUUCAUGAAAUCUCGAAGUCGUUGGGCUUUAACUAUAAAAUCCAACUGGUGCCAGAUGGUAGCUAUGGAAGUCUCAACAAAAUGACAGGUGAAUGGAAUGGAAUGAUCCGGGAGCUUUUGGAGCAGCGUGCUGACUUGGCAAUAGCUGAUCUCACCAUCACUUUUGAAAGGGAGCAGGCGGUGGACUUCACCACGCCCUUUAUGAACCUGGGGGUGUCCAUAUUGUACAGGAAGCCCAUCAAGCAGCCUCCGAAUUUGUUCUCCUUCCUGUCGCCAUUGUCCUUGGAUGUCUGGAUCUAUAUGGCCACAGCCUAUUUGGGUGUGUCCGUUCUACUCUUCAUUUUAGCCAAGUGGGUUAUUUGUUUUUAAAACCUUAAGAUAAACUUAAUAUUUCUUUUGUUUCAUAGAUUUACCCCUUAUGAGUGGCCAGCUUAUACAGAUGCCCAUGGGGAGAAGGUUGAGAGUCAGUUUACUUUGCUGAACUGCAUGUGGUUCGCCAUAGGAUCGUUGAUGCAACAAGGAUGCGAUUUUCUUCCCAAAGCUCUAUCCACCCGCAUGGUGGCUGGUAUUUGGUGGUUUUUUACCCUGAUUAUGAUAUCCUCGUACACUGCCAACCUGGCUGCCUUUUUGACCGUGGAGCGCAUGGAUUCGCCCAUCGAAAGUGCCGAGGACUUGGCCAAGCAGACAAGGAUCAAAUAUGGAGCUCUAAAGGGUGGAAGCACAGCAGCUUUUUUCAGGGACUCCAAAAUAUCCACCUACCAGCGUAUGUGGUCCUUCAUGGAGUCGGCUCGUCCUUCGGUAUUUACGGCCAGCAAUGGUGAGGGAGUGGAACGAGUGGCCAAGGGCAAAGGAUCCUAUGCUUUUCUGAUGGAGUCCACGUCCAUUGAGUACGUGACGGAAAGAAACUGCGAACUGACGCAGGUGGGCGGAAUGCUGGACACCAAGAGCUAUGGCAUAGCCACUCCACCAAAUUCACCUUACCGCACGGCCAUCAACAGCGUCAUACUUAAGCUCCAAGAAGAAGGAAAGCUCCACAUCCUGAAAACAAAGUGGUGGAAGGAGAAGCGCGGCGGUGGAAAGUGCCGGGUGGACACCUCCAAAUCCUCCUCGGCGGCCAACGAACUCGGCCUGGCAAAUGUCGGCGGUGUGUUUGUGGUCCUAAUGGGCGGCAUGGGCGUGGCCUGUGUGAUUGCCGUGUGCGAGUUUGUGUGGAAGUCACGCAAGGUCGCCGUGGAGGAGCGCCUGAGCGCAAUUCUAAACGAAUGAGAAAAGUCGUAAACCCGGGACGAAUGGGUCUAAGCAGUGAAUAGGUCCCGGGUUGGACUCGGUUCGGUUAAAUCAAAAAUGCAAGUAGAGUCGGGAAAGUGCAAUGAAUGGAGAGCAUGGCGGAGCAACAUAUAUCACCAGCAAUAGUCGGAAAUAGACAGUUCUCGGUAUCCCACGCAGCAAUAUUGUUUACUGGAGCCACCAAUGAAUGUUAGCACCACAUUUUAAAGGCCAUCAAGCCGAAGAGCCCAGCUAUUAAUAUACAUUCAAGAUACAUACGAGAGAUAUGUACAUUAUAUAUACAUAAAUAUAUAUUUAUACAUAUAUACUCCCUUUCGUAAACAUACUAAUCACUAACCUAUACACUAAUGGAACAACAAUGCAACAAUUUGCAACAAAUCGAAACGAAUCGUAUUGCAUUUAUAUUUGAAAGCAUUUUUGGGAAUUGACCUAUAGUCGUAAUUGUAGCUAAAUUAUAUAUACAAAGGAAUCAAUAUACAGUCCGACAGACAUCAAUACAUAAACCAAAGGCCAUGCAUAUAUUAGCCAGAAGACACGAUCGAAAAAUCUUACUUAAACCCUAAGAAGCAGGACACAAUUUACACGCAAAUCGAAACCGAUAUUUUCAACGGACUUAGCCAGUAGAACUAACCUAAGUGAGUUGUAACUCUUAGAUUAGAAACAUUUUCUAUUUAAUUCCCCCUUUUCCCAGCCCUCUAGCUACUGUCCUCCCCUAAGAUAUAAGAUUGUAAAAUGUAAUUACCGCUCAUACAGGCAAUUCUGACAAUUUCAUAAAAUACUUACAAUUAAAUAAAACAAGUUAACAAAAA